CAUUCCCCCUCUCGUUGCUCUCUCACUUUCACAGUUUCACCCCACACUCUUCUUUCCAUAAUCAUAUAACAUGGAAAACAUUCAUUCAUCGCCAACCCACACCUUACCCUCAUUUCCUCAACCCCUCCCCACUCUUGUUUCUUGUUGUCAUCGUCCCACGCGCUUCACACAUCGAGUUGUUUGUGCUGUGGAACAGAUGAUAGUUGCGUGAUAGACAGCUUUUGAGUGGCGUUUCCCAAACAAGUUAUGAGCUUUAGAGUUUAGGCCCCUUUUCAGAUCAUCUUCACUGUACGUUUUCAGCUUAAAUUUUCCCGUGUUUCUGAAUCUGUGCUUUAGGCGGGUUUGGGGGUGCUGUUGUUUUGCUGUUUUGAUAACAAAGAGAAGGUACGGAGUAAUGGUCUGUGAUGAUGGAGAUUUUUGCAGGUCUGGGUGCGAGAAAAUCAGAAAAGAAAGAAAAUAUUUUGAUAUUUGAAGAAGCUAGAAAGUGCAAUUCAUUUCAAAGAUUUGUCGGCUUCUUUAGCGUUUCUGGGGUAUUAGGUACUACCUUGUUGGAACUUUUAUAUUCUGGAAGGUGAAGGGGGAGAUUCCCUUUUUGAAAAGAAAGCCAAAAAAGGGAAUAGUGUUUAUAAUCUCUUGAUCUGUGAAACAAACACCUCAUCUGGGGCUUCUUUGCAACAUUGUUUUGACUGAUUGGAUUUGAGAGCAGAGGCCAGAAAGAAAGGGGAAGGGUGGUUUGCCAUUCUGUGUUGUUUCAGAAAUCAUGUGCCCAACGUUUGAGUAAUUAUUUAUAAUAUUUGGUACUUUGAAGGCUUCGGCUUCUGUCAAAUCCUCUGGAUUCAUUUAGAAACCUCUGAAACAAAAGUAGCCCCCCUCUGCAGAUCCAUUCAACAGGGCUUUGUUUCUUCCUACAUUUGGAAUGUUCUGCACUUUUGUGUUUUCUUGAUUCCUUUGUUGGUUGGGUUGAAGAUUUCAAGGCACUCUAAUGACUCGAGAAGUGAAGAAAGGGAAACAGGAAAAAGUUUGUGAUGUUGCUGAGAAGGUAAUGGUUGCUGUGAAGGCCUCAAAGGAGAUACCCAAGACUGCUCUUGUUUGGGCUUUGACUCAUGUUGUUCAACCUGGGGAUUGCAUUACCCUUCUUGUGGUUGUCCCAUCUAACACUUCUGGUAGAAAAUGGGGGUUCCCAAGGUUUGCAGGAGAUUGUGCUAGUGGCCACAAGAAAUCACACUCAGGAACUAGCUCUGAAGAGAAAUCUGACAUAACAGAUUCAUGCUCCCAGAUGAUCCUUCAACUCCAUGAUGUUUAUGACCCAAACAAGAUAAAUGUGAAGAUUAAACUUGUUUCCAGUUCACCAUGUGGGGUUGUAGCAGCAGAGGCGAAGAGAAUUCAUGCAAAUUGGGUUGUCCUGGACAAACAGCUGAAACCCGAGGAAAAACGAUGUAUGGAAGAACUGCACUGCAAUAUUGUUGUUAUGAAGCGGUCUCAUCCGAAAGUUCUUCGCCUUAAUUUAGUUGGAUCUCCUAAGAAGGGAACCGAGGCUACCACAUCCUUAUCUCUCGAGCAAUCUGAAAAACGUGAAGCAGACAAGAAUGGUCCGUUAAAUUCUACUCGAGGUCCUCUUGUUACUCCGACAAGUAGUCCCGAGAUUUUUACUGCCACCGAGGGUGGUACAUCGUCGGUUUCAAGCUCCGAUCCCGGGACUUCUCCGUUUUUCAAUGUUGAAGUAAGCAGGGAUUUGAAGAAAGAGGUGCUGUUAGCUAAAAAGGAGGUCCAAGGUGGUAGUGAAUCAAGCUCGGAGAGUGAUGACGAGAAGUUGUCUACUUCGUCGAGUUUAAGGUUCCAUCCGAGGAUGUCGGAUAUUGUCAAUCAGCAGUGUCUGCCCUCCCAAAGUCAGCAGGAAGGCUCGGUGAGGUGUAGUAGACUCGCACAAAUUUCUACAUCCAAGGGGUUGCUCGAAAAGUUCUCCGAUGAAGGCUGCUUUGGGUCACCGAGUUUACGUUCCGAUAUGGAUUUUAGUGGAAACGUACGAGAAGCAGUUUCGUUAUCCAAAAGUGCCCCUCUUGGUCCUCCUCCGUUGUGUUCUAUAUGUCAACACAAAGCGCCCGUGUUUGGAAAACCUCCUAGGUGGUUCAGCUACGCUGAGCUGGAACUCGCGACGUGCGGGUUUUCUCAAGCUAACUUCUUGGCCGAGGGUGGUUAUGGAUCGGUUCAUCGAGGAGUGCUCCCGGAUGGCCAGGUAGUUGCGGUGAAGCAACAUAAAUUGGCAAGUUCUCAAGGGGAUCAGGAGUUUUGCUCGGAAGUUGAAGUUCUUAGUUGUGCUCAGCACCGCAACGUUGUUAUGUUGAUUGGAUUCUGUAUCGAGGACAGUCGAAGAUUGUUGGUCUAUGAAUACAUAUGCAAUGGAUCAUUAGAUUCCCAUCUUUAUGGGCGUAAUCGGGAACCCUUAGAAUGGUCCGCACGCCAAAAAAUUGCGGUUGGAGCUGCAAGAGGUUUGCGGUAUCUUCACGAGGAAUGUAGAGUGGGCUGUAUUGUGCACCGAGACAUGCGACCCAACAACAUUCUCAUCACCCAUGACUUUGAACCCCUGGUUGGAGACUUUGGCUUAGCCAGGUGGCAACCUGAUGGAGACACGGGAGUAGAAACACGAGUAAUUGGAACAUUUGGGUACUUGGCUCCCGAGUAUACUCAAAGUGGCCAGAUUACGGAAAAAGCGGAUGUUUACUCGUUCGGGGUGGUACUUCUAGAGCUCGUAACUGGUCGGAAAGCGGUGGAUCUAAACAGACCCAAGGGCCAGCAGUGUCUCGUGGAAUGGGCACGCCCUUUGUUGGAAGAUUAUGCCAUUGAAGAAUUAAUAGAUCCCCGAAUACAGAACUGCUACAACGAACAUGAAGUUUAUUGCAUGUUGCAUGCUGCAUCCUUGUGCAUAAGGCGGGAUCCUCAGGCAAGGCCUCGAACCUCUCAGGUGCUUAGGAUUCUGGAAGGGGACCUCAUAAUGGAUUCGGGUUACAUGUCGACGCCAGGGUAUGAUGUGGGUAGCCGGAGCGGGAGGAUGAUGUGGUCAGAUUCAUCGCCCAAAUAUCAGAGAUAUAGCGGCCCAAUGCUCGACGAGGUGCUCGAUGGAUUUAAUCCUAAACUCUCAUUUGACAAAAGGAGGAACCCUAACCGGGAUGGUAGUAGAUGAUCUUAUUGCAGUAUGAAGAAGUAAGCAGCAGGAAGUUUUGUUUGUGUAUAGAAGUGAUGGUAGUAGUAGUCAUGUUUUGUAUAAUUCCACUCAAAUACACCUUUCAUUUCUUUGCUAUCCAUUCAGGUGGAAAAUUAUAUUAUAUAGUUUUUUGGUCGGAUCAAGAAAACUGGUAAAUGGACUACACUAGUUUUCAACAUCUUCACAAAGUGUUGGUUUUA